GUCAACAGCGAUAAUUGGUAUCGAAGGUUCCCCACCCCCCGCAUUGCGUCGCCGCGGAUGAAGCCGCUUUGGAGUUUUCCGCCAAAUUAAGUCGAGCUUGCUAUCAUGGCCUAUCCAGCGCGCGCUACCUCGAUGUUCCCAGGCUCAUCUGCUGCGCCGAGUUUUCGCCAACCAAGCAGCCACAAUGCCCAGCAAUCGUCAGCAUUGACCGCCCGUAUCGCAUCGAAGAAGUCUGAAUUAGAUAGUCUGAAACAACUUCGCGACAUGAGCAGUGCGCUGGCGGCGCAGAUGCAAGCCUUAGAGAACAAGUUGGGGACACUGAAGGAUGGCACGGAAGCCAUUGCUUGUGUCCUUGCCAACUGGGACAGCGUGCUUCAGGCAAUCAAUAUGGCGUCCACAAAAGCCGCAGCCGUACACGAGCGGGCAGCGCCCGGUUCAGACGCUGAAACCCAAGAUGGCGUUCCCGCUAUGCCUUCGAUCCUAGUCCGGAUCCCCGCAGACCAGCCAGAGGAACCACGAGUUGAAUAGAUCUCAU